AUUGCCGCAGAUACGCUGCCGCGCUACUGAAACGAGUUCGUCCUUCCCGCCUCCCGCGAUGAAUUCCAACGCCGCUGGCUACUAAAACUCUAACACAAACCCUAAUUAGGUUUUGUGAUCUCACACAAAUUACAACAGAACAAAACCCUCUAAAGAUCAUGUCUUCUGGCCGUUCAAUUCCAUCUGUCGAUAGAAUCAGCGACUUGCCGGACCCAAUUCUCUCUCACAUUCUCUCUUCCCUUCCAACCAAAUUCGCUGCAACCACGAGCCUUCUCUCAAAGAGAUGGAAACCGGUAUGGCUCUCUGUCCUUAUUCUCAACUUCGACGACAAAGCAUUCAAAGACUUCGUGACAUUCCGCAAGUUUGUUUAUUCAACCCUGUUCUCUUUGCGAGACAAAAACACUUCGAUCCAAUCCUUUACCUUGAAACUAGGCCUCUUUUCCCGCUUCCGGCAAAGGGAAUACAAUAGAAUAUUUAAACUUGUUAUGCAAGGAGGAGUCAAGAAUCUUAACUUUGACAUGACUGGUAAACAUUGUUAUAUCAAAUUACCUCCUCGCAUUCUCAGUUGUCAGACUCUUCAAAUACUUAAGUUGGCAAACAUAAAAAUGUGGGAGUUUGAUCAAGUGAGAUUUCCCUAUCUCAAAAUUCUUCAUUUCGAAAGAGUUGAUUUCACAUCUCCUAAAUGUUUUGUUAAGUUUCUAUAUGGCUGCCCUAUUCUAGAAGAUUUGAAUGCAACAUCCCAUAUCUGUCAAACAUCAUCGCUUGUUUUGGAAAACUUGAAUGCUUUACCUAAUUUGGUCAAUGUAAGGAUUAAUUACGAUGAAAUGGAUAAUCUCAUGACUUUGGUUUCUAAGACAAGGAUUUUGCAUAUAAAUCAGGUACGGGGAAUGACUUGGAAAACACUUCCCAUGUUUCCCAAUUUGACUCACAUGGAACUUGAUUCUUUUCAUGUCUCAACACGGGAGAGGAAAGGGUGCAGGUCAUUGGUAGAAAUACUUCCACAUUUUCCAAAUCUUCAACAUUUUAAGAUUUGGUUUAUGUUUUCGAGUUAUCGGGGUGAAGGAAUUUGUUCCGAAUGUUUGAAGGUUUCAUCCGAUCCCACCAUUGCUCCAGAAUGUCUAACGUCACAACUUAAAACAUUUAGCAUUAAGGGAUACAAAGGGAGUGAAUGUGAGUUCAAUUUUGUAAAAUAUAUUUUGCAACAUUCAAAAGUAUUAGAGACUGUGACAGUCAAGAGUAGCCGCCUUGAAAAGAAACAAAUGCUUAUGAAGUUGGCUUUAUGCCCAAGGAGCUCUACAACAUCUAAAAUUUUAUUUGGUUGA